AUGAAACACCCGUCUAGUAGUAUUGGGCAACAGCCAACUUUAUGGCUUUUGUUCGUUUUACGUUUACGAAAAUGUUUUAAACUUCGAUAUUUAUUAACUAUAUUUAUUAUUUUUAUUAUUUUAACAUAUUUACAUCUUACAAAUUAUACUCCUUCUGAUCAAUCAAUAGUUCAUGAAUCUGAAAUAAUUAUAGAAGAAGAAAUACUGAUUAUCAAUUAUACUCUUUCAAAUCAAUGUAAUUCAAAUGAAAUUGAAUACUUACUUCAUUCUACUUCAUCAUAUAAUAAAAAUAAUGAUAGUCGGUCACAACCAACAAUUGAACGAUUACAUAAACUUUUUCAAAUCCUUAUUUCACAUGAAAAUACAUAUAGGAAAGUAUUUGAUUAUUUAGGUAUAUUUCGUUUUAAUGAUUUUCAUAAUACAUUACAUCCAUUUGCUAAUAAUAUUGAACGUUUACAAAAUAUUUAUUGUCUUUUUCAAAAAUAUAUUAGCAUAUCUGAUAAUGGUGAUAUUGUUAUAAAAAAAAAAUUUAUUUCUUAUUUGAAACAAGUUUCAAAUUAUUUAUCUGAUGGUUUUAAAAAUAAACAUUUAACUUGGAAUGAAACUUUAAAAGAUAAAAUUCAAAAACCAGUUAUUAUUCUUGCAGCUAAUUCACAAUUUUAUAAUACUUUACAAGCAUCAAUGCAUACAGUUAAUGAUUAUUUAAAAGAUUAUACUAUUGCUAUUUAUGAUCUUGGAUUUAUUCCAACUCAAUUAAAAAUGGUAGGAAAUGAAAAAGUUCAAAAUAAUUUUCUAACUCAAUGGAUAAUCGAAAAGUAUUGUGACAAAAUUGAUAUUGAUAUUUCUCUUGUUCUUAUGUCUGAUUUUUUUAAACAAAAUACAUACAGUAUGACUCCUAUGAAAUCACAUAUUCAAAGUAUUGAAAACAAUACUUAG